AUGUCCUCCAUCAAAAUUGAAUCCGUCGUGAAGGAGAAGAAUAGGAUGGGAGAGUGCCCAGUCUGGGAAGAAAGGGAGAGCACACUCGUCUAUGUAGACAUUAACUCACAGAAAGUUUGCCGCUGGAGCCCACUCACCAACGAGGUGCAGAGUGUGUCCGUGGAUGCCCGCGUCGGCUCGGUGGCGUUGCGGCAGUGCGGGGGCUACGUCAUCGCCCUGGGGACCAGGUUUGCCUUUCUGGACUGGGACACCCAGGCGGUCACCACUAUCCUCGAGCUCGAGCAGGAUAAACCCAACAAUAGGUUCAAUGAUGGGAAAGUGGAUCCAAAGGGGAGGUUUUUUGCUGGCACGAUGGCUGAAGAGACGGCACCGGGGGUCCGAGCGAGGCAGCAAGGCGCUCUCUAUACCCUUUUCCCCAACCAUUCGGUAAUAAAACAGUUAGACCAGGUGGACAUCUCCAAUGGUCUGGAUUGGUCCCUGGACCACAGGACCUUCUUUCACAUCGACAGCCUGGCAUAUGCUGUGCAUGCCUUCAGCUAUGAUAUGCACACUGGAAAGAUCGCCUGCCCCAAACUUUUGUACCAUCUAGAAAAGGAGGAGCAAAUGCCUGACGGGAUGUGCAUUGAUGCAGAAGGGAAGCUCUGGGUGGCCUGUAUUGACGGUGGGAGAGUCAUUCGUAUAGACCCAGAGACAGGAAAAAGAAUCCAAACUGUGAGGCUGCCUACUCCGAGGAUUACCUCUUGCUGCUUCGGUGGAAAAGACUACUCAGAAAUGUAUGUGACUUCUGCAUACGAUGGACUGGAUGAGACCACCUUAGCCAAGGAACCUCACGCAGGAGAGAUUUUCAAGAUAACAGGUCUGGGUGUGAAAGGGAUCCCACAGAAUUUCUAUGCUGCUUGA